CCACAUUCUCACUCUUUAAAUUGUAUCUUCAAGUCACCCUCUUAUAUAUUUUCAAAUAAUCAUAUGCAUAUUUAUUCUGGAUCCUAGCUUUUUUCUCAAGUCUCAACUGCGAAGGACCCAAGAUAGAAUAGAAGGAGGGUGCUUCCACCACCUCUUUGUUUCUUCACUCCAUAUAUCAGUUACAGUAAAAAUGGAAAACCACCACCAAAUGCAACAACCAAACCGUGAAUUUACCAUACUAAGAUCCACCGAUUUCCUCCGCCAGAAUCUCAAUUUAUAUCCCACAACCGUCAACACCGGAGAACAUGCCGAUCCUUCCAUCAAAGAAGUGGAUUUUUUCUCAUCAAGAUCACCAACAAAGAAUAGUGACACUGAUAACUCGAGUCCAGAAGAACCACAUGAUCAUCGUCAUACGAACAUGGCUAAGGACGAUGGAUCACCAACUCUUUUCAAUGAUCAGCUCGUAAACACUGCGCUGAAUCUAAGUCCGAGUGCUGGGUUAUCAAGAUCAGCAGCAAAUGAUGAAAAUAUUGAAACUUUGCUGACUACACUUCAAAGGGAAUCACUAAGACUAAAAGAAGAGAAUUGCAAACUGAGAACUAUGUUGGACCAAAUCACCAAAAACUACAACCAGUUACAAUUGUUCAUUGCUUUGCAGAAGCAGAAGCAGUGUCAGAAGAUGGAGACAAAUUUAAAUGGGAUGAUGUUUGGUCAACAUUUAUUGGACCCACGAGGACCAUUCACCAAAUUAGAUGCUCAAGUUGCACCAUUUCCAGAUGAUAAAUCUGGUCAACGGGGUCUUCCUGAAACUGAUCCUGUAGAAGAUGUUCCUGAACAAUCAACCUCACAGAGUUGGGGCUCAUCCAAGAGUCCCAAGUUUGAAGAGUCCAACUCUAGUGAGCUUCCUUUAAAAAAAACCAGGGUUUCCGUGCGUGCAAGAUCAGAAGCUCCUCUGAUUAGCGAUGGAUGUCAAUGGAGGAAAUAUGGACAAAAAAUAGCCAAGGGAAAUCCUUGUCCCCGUGCCUAUUAUCGUUGCACUAUGGCCGUAGGAUGCCCGGUUCGUAAGCAGGUGCAAAGAUGCAUGGAUGACAAGACGGUGUUGAUAACAACCUACGAAGGCAAUCAUAACCAUCCUCUUCCACCCUCAGCCAUAGUCAUGGCAAAUUCUACCUCAGCAGCUGCAUCUAUGUUCUUAUCUUCUUCAUGUUCAACAUCUAAUAAUAACGAAGCACUAAGUAACACUGUAGGAGUAUUCUCUUCCAUGCCCUACAUCCCAAUGGCAACGCUCUCAACCUCUGCACCAUUUCCCACUAUCACCCUUGACAUGACCACCAACCCCUCUGCCCUAACAUCCCCUCUUCCAUUGCAUGCAACUACUUUUCCUCAGCUACUAGGACACCCUGUCAUCUUCCCCCACAAGAUGCCACAUCCAUUAUUAGGCCAACAACAACCUUUGUUUACGACAGAGACGAUGAGUGCAGCUAUUGCUUCCAAUCCGAAUUUCACUAUAGCAUUGGCAGCAGCGAUCUCAUCAAUUAUUGGAGCUCCUAGAGGAAAUGAUGGAAUUAACAACAAUAGUAGCAAUGGUGGAAGUGAUCUUCCUCUUAAUGGGACAUCUAUGUUGCCUGGAUCCACUUAGGUUUCACAAUCAUAUGCAUGCCCGCAUAUUGAGUCGCCAACUAGCACGAAUAUAUGCAUGAAUUUUAGCCUUAAUGUGUAUGACAAUACAUAUUAUUUCUAUGUAUAACAUGUGAAGAUAGGAACAUAGUUUUAUUCUUGGGGAAAAAAAUUGUAUGGGAAAGUAAAAAGGCAUUUCUAAGUACCUAACAAUGUACCACAAGAAAAAAAAAAAGGUUAAAUGAUGAUUAUUGUAAUGUGUUAGACAAUCAGAAUAAGAAUGGCCACAAUGGUGUUGUUACCUCGCGUGGAAGAGUUGGUUAGAUCAUUGAAGAAUAAAUUUCUAUUGAUCUAAGGAAAAUGAACUCAAGAGGAUGCCUAAUAAGUUAUUGACAAACUUUAUGAAAUGAUAUUUUUUAUUAUUAUACAAAA